AAAUAAUGGCGCGGUUUAAUGCAUGCAUUAAUCUAGAGUGAGUUUAGCAUUUCUUUUGAAGUCGCCUACCGCCUUACAAACCGUGGGUAGCAGCUGUGCUUAUGAUAAGCUAAUUGGUUACAUAAUUGAACUGGACUAGGAAAGUUGUCCAAUAAGACAGACUUACAGCUUAAGGAACCAUUGUUCACAAUUUCUGCAACACAGAAUUUUAAAGUGGUGGGUUUUUAAGAAUCAAAAUAAGCUGAAACUCGCAAACCGAAAAAAUGAAACGAAGGGUAAAUAAUGAGGCAAUCCAACAUAAUGGAUAUUUUGACUGUAACGUUUGAGAAACCAUUGAGUCAUCACGCAGGUAUGAUUCUUCCGUCUUCUGUUCCUAAGCGUAAGAAAGCUGAAAAAGAACUUCUGAAAAACUCACAUACAAUAGAGCCUAAUGAGUUCAUUUGCAAGUUGAUGAAAUCUUGUGGCAACUAUAUGUUCACUUCUAUGACAGAACAAGGUGAAGAAAUUUUUGUGUCAAUCCCAGAACGAUUUCGCAAUGCCUUCUAUUUUGCUCAGGGUGAUUUUGUUAUUUGUUCACCGUUGAAUAACAAGAGAGUUAAGGGUGAAAUUCGUACCGUGUUACAGAAAGAUGACAUUAAGUCACUUGUGGAUGUCUGUCGAUGGCCUGAAAUCUUCACUAUGGAUAUCACGAAAGGAACUUCUACGAAAAGUGAUAAUUACAUCUCAGAAGAUAUGCUUCCUUCAUGUUCUGAUACUUCAGACUCUGAUACCGAAUAUGUGUCGGACAAUGGCUAAAAUAAAUAAUUUGUAUUUGCUUUAGUUUUGUAAUUAUCCAUUGUAAAGU